GGAGGGGAAAGAAAUGGGAAGAAUGGCAUCAAGAAUUCUCUCCAACUUCACCAACCUCAUCACCGUUUCCAUUCUUGUCUUCCUUUCAGAAUUUGCAUUCGCCACGGCUUCCAUCACCAACACCAAAAAUCCUCAUGAAGCCUUCCUCCAAUGCUUUCUUAGCCACACUUGCUCCAACUCCACCACCCAAGUCAUCUACACCCCAGACACCAGUUCCUACGGAACCAUCUUGCGCUCCUCCGUCCAGAACCUCCGAUACCUCUCACCCUCCACCACCAAGCCAGCCUUCAUCAUAGUCCCGGCCAACCCCUCCCACGUCCAAGCCACGGUCACCUGCGGCAAAGCCCAUAGCCUCCAUGUCAGGACCCGGAGCGGUGGCCAUGACCACGAGGGCCUGUCUUAUGCCUCCGCCGGCGACCCCUUCGUCCUCCUCGACCUCGUCAACCUCCGAUCAGUCUCCGUCGAUGCAUCAACCAGCACCGCAUGGGUCGAGGCGGGCGCGACGGUGGGCGAGCUAUAUUAUGGAAUCAGUAUUGUAACCAAGAACAAGACGUUGGCGUUCCCCGCCGCCACCUAUCCCACCGUCGGCGUCGGUGGACUGUUCAGCGGGGGCGGGAUUGGGACCCUAUUAAGGAAAUAUGGGACAUCCGCUGACAACAUCGUCGACGCACUAGUCGUUGAUGCCAAUGGUAAUCUUUUGACCAGAAAGACCAUGGGCGAGGAUCUCUUCUGGGCCAUAAGAGGAGGAGGAGCAUCUAGCUUUUGCAUCGUGAUCUCGUACAAGAUCAGAUUAGUCUACGUCCCCUCCACGGUCGCUGUGUUUAGAGUCGACAGAGACCUAUCACAGGGUGUAACUAAAGUAGUGGAGAGGUGGCAGCACGUUGCACCAAAGCUUGAUGAUAACUUCUUCGUCAGGCUCCUCACCAUGGCCAUCAACGAUAAUGUGGGUGGGAAGGUGAAUAGAACGAUUCGAGCUUGGAUCGAGGGGUUGUUCCUCGGCAGCAGGUGUGGCGAUCUGCUCUCCAUCUUGGAGAAGAGGUUCCCCGAGUUGCGUGUGGAAGCGAAGGACUGCACUGAGAUGAGCUGGUUACAGUCUACGCUCUUCUUUGCACAAGGCUACUCCGUCGACAACCCAUCCCAAUUGUUAGAUAGGAGGCCACAGCGCAAUAGCUCAACAAAGGCCAAAUCAGACUUCGUUAAGAAGCCCAUCACUGAGAAGGGUUGGGAGCGGAUCUGGAAGUUGUUAUUGGAAGCGAAAGAUCAGCGUGUGGGCUUGAUACUGGAACCAUGGGGAGGGAGGAUGGAGGAGAUACCGGAGGAUGCCGUUGCUUUCCCUCACAGGAAGGGGAAUUUGUAUAACUUGCAGUACUUCAUGAGGUGGUUUGAGACGGAGGAAGCAGCGACUCGGAUGCAUCUGAAGUGGAUGAGGAAGCUGUAUCGUUUCAUGACUCCAUACGUAUCCAAGAACCCAAGAGCUGCUUACCUUAAUAUGAAGGAUUUAGACUUGGGUAGGAAUGAUGAAGGAAAGACGAGCUACGCCAAAGCCAGCGUGUGGGGAAGAAAGUACUUCUUGAACAACUUCGAGAGAUUGGCACGUGUGAAGGCUAGAGUUGAUCCUGACGACUAUUUCUGGAACGAGCAAAGUAUCCCACCUCUCUUUGCUUAAGGUCAGUGUGGUAUCUGUCACGCGACGAUGCAUGCUGAAAGCUGGUUCUGGUUACAUUUUAUGCUCUCCAAGACUCCACCCUAAUAGAUUGAUAAAAAUUACCAUGUACUUGUAAUAAUGGGAAUUCAUGUGUUGUGUUAGCCAGAAUUCUAGGUAUACCGUGAGAAAAAGUACCAUGUAAUUGGCCAGAUCAAUGCAUAUGCGUUGCUUUACAAUAAAGAUAUAUUCCGACUCCAUACCCAU